UUUCUUUUUUGAAAAUUUUCAUGUAUUUAGAAGAUUUUUGAAGGGUCAUAUCUUCAUACCAAUAUACGGAUAUGUGUCGAACACGAAUACUUCUAGAAAAUUAUAGUCAAAGCAAUAUAGUUGGUUCAUUGGAUCUCCAAAAGCAUAUAUAGAUUGAUUUGAUUGCAUUUUUUCUUAUUAUAACUGUGCAGAUUAAUAUUUAGGAUUCGAAUGAGAGUUUUAUAGGUUCAUUUCAUUGCAACUUUGCAGAAAUUGGAGCAAAUACUUGGGAUUAAAAUGAAGAUCAAUGUGUGAUUUAUAUCUGGAUCAUCUGUUGCAAACGAAUACUUAGGGUCAAUAGAAUUCCUGGUAUUGAUUUCUGUGAACAAUUUUGAUUGCUGCUGGGUCAUUUGGGUGAGAAUAUGUAAGUUAUGGUAUCAAGAUCGUUAAAACGAAUUGCGUCUCGUUGCUGGAGGCCAUCCUUUGACGGUGAGAAUUCUUGUAAGGCCGGCGAUGCUAAUGGUAGGGUUGAUGGAUUGUUGUGGUACAAAGAUUCUGGAGAACAUUAUACCGGCAAGUUUUCAAUGGCAGUAAUUCAAGCCAACAAUCUAUUGGAAGACCAUAGCCAACUUGAAUCAGGUCCUUUGAGCUCAUUUCAAUCAGGCCCUUAUGGGACAUUUGUCGGAAUUUACGAUGGUCAUGGAGGUCCUGAAGCUGCUAGGUUUAUAAAUGAACACCUUUUCGACUAUAUCAAGAAGUUUACAACCGAGAAUCAUGGAAUGUCAGCCGAUGUUAUAAACAAAGCAUUUUUAGCUACCGAAGAAGAUUUUCUUACUCUCGUCAAGAAGCAAUGGCUAAGUAAGCCGCUAAUUGCAUCUGUUGGUUCGUGUUGUUUGGUCGGAAUAGUUUGUAGCGGACUGCUAUACGUUGCCAAUGUUGGAGAUUCUCGUGUGGUCUUAGGUAGACUUGAGAAAGCCUUUAAAGAGGUGAAAGCAAUUCAAUUGUCGACCGAGCAUAAUGUACGUUGCGAAUCUGUUCGGGAGGAGUUGCAAUCAUUGCAUCCCGAUGAUCCAAAGAUCGUGGUCCUUCGGCACAAAGUAUGGCGUGUAAAGGGUAUAAUACAGAUUGCAAGAUCCAUAGGGGAUGCGUAUUUAAAGAAGGAUGAAUUCAACAAAGAACCUCUAUUGCCGAGGUUUAGAGUUUCGGAACCAUUCGAGAAGCCGAUCCUACAAGCGAAGCCAUCGAUAUUAGUACAAAAACUGAGUCCUAAAGAUCGGUUUCUUAUAUUUGCAUCGGAUGGUCUGUGGGAACUUCUUAGCAAUCAGGACGCAGUUAACAUAGUCAACGCCUGUCCCCGUACGGGUAUUGCUCGAAAACUAGUGAAAGCAGCACUUCGAGAAGCAGCAAAGAAGAGAGAAAUGAGAUAUUCGGAUUUGAAAAAGGUGGAUCGCGGGGUGCGCAGACAUUUCCAUGACGACAUUACUGUUAUUGUUUUGUUUCUUGAUUCCCAUCUCCUUAGCCGCGCCUCCUGCCGCCGAUUCUAAUCUCUUCUCUACGCCUUCCGUCCACAACUACGUACCAAUUAAUGCCUCCUAAUACACACACACACAUACAUACAUAUAUAUAUACAUACAUAUCAUCAAAGUAACACUAAUCUUUAAUAAUUUCUUUUUACAAAUUUUUUAUGUAAAAAUAUCUCAUAUAAAUAAAUAAAAAAUAUCAUACUUUUCAUUUGAUAUUAUAUAAAUAAAAUAUUUUCUACAA